AUGGCAGCUAAAUCUCCCAACACACAACGAGUUGUCGCCAAAAAUCGACGCGCUCGACAUGAUUAUACAAUUACAGAUACGGUUGAAGCAGGCCUGAUCCUCACAGGAAGCGAGGUAAAAUCCUUACGCGCAGGUCACGCUAGCAUACAAGAAUCUUAUGCGGGCGAAACAGAUGGAGAGCUCUUCCUAAUUAACGCCCAGAUUAACGAGUACUCUCAAGCCAACCGUUUCAAUCACGAUCCAAAGCGUCCUCGUAAACUGCUUUUAAAAAAACGAGAGCUCUCCCGUCUUUUAGGAGCUAUUUCAAAAAAAAGCGUUACCCUUAUUCCCUUGAGUCUUUAUUUUAAUGCAAAAGGCAUCGCAAAGCUGGAAAUUGGCUUGGCUGUGGGUAAAAACAAAGCCGACAAACGUGAAACAGAAAAGAAGCGGGACUGGCAGCGAGAAAAAGCGCGCCUCAUGCGCGACAAAGGAUAG